AUGGGUGCAUUCAUCGCCAAGAUGCUGCUUCCGACAGUCAGCAGCCUGGUGUUUCUGCCUACAGCCAGCGUGGCCGCCAAGAGGGGCUUCCACAUGGAGGCCAUGGUCUACUUCUUCACCAUGUUCUUCAUUGCGAUCUACCAUGCAUGUGAUGGACCAGGUCUCUCCAUCCUGUGUUUCAUGAGGUACGACGUUCUGGAGUACUUCAGUGUUUACGGCACGGCUCUCUCCAUGUGGGUCACACUGAUAGCUCUGGGUGACUUUGAUGAACCACAGCGCUCCAGUUUAACCAUGUUUGGCGUGUUGACCAUCGCGGUGAGGAUCUACCAGGAUCGCUGGGGAUAUGGGAUCUACUCUGGACCAAUCGGAUCAGCUGUCUUCAUCAUCACUGUCAAAUGGCUGCAGAAGAUGAAGCAGCUGCGUGCGGUGUAUCCAGAGAAGACGGUGUACACGCAGCAGGUUGGUCCGGGCUGCUGCUUCGGCGCUCUCGCUCUGAUGCUUCGCUUCUACUUUGAGGAGUGGGACUACGCCUACGUCCACAGCUUCUACCAUCUGUCUCUGGCUGUGUCCUUCAUCCUACUGCUGCCAAAGAAGAACCGCUACGCCGGGACAGGACAAAACGCUGCAAAGCUCAGCUGCUUCGCUCUCUGCUGCUGCUCCAUGUCCCCUGGUACCGCUAAAGAGAAGACGGAGAAGACGAAGAAGAAGUCGUCUCGUACCGUGUGGACAAUCCCCACCGAGAAGCCAUGGACACGACGCUGUAGCACCCCCAUCCUGCCUCUGUACAACCCCCCGCCCUCCACACCUGUCAAAGGGACCAGCAUCAGCAAGCUCAAAGAGAUGAACGGCUGGAAGUGACCCCAAAAACAUAACUGU